AUGAGAUCUAUCGUAUUAGCAUGUGCCCUUCUUCUUUGUAUCAGCUUUGUAGCUGCUGAUGUUGAACACAGACCAAAGCCAACAAUGCCAUACCCCGAAAUUCAAAUCACCCACCAUUUCAUUGGUAGUUGGAGAGACGGUAGUCGUAACAAUGAAAUGUUUACCCAAUACGAUGUUGUCAUCAAGAACAAUGGAAACCGUAACAUCAAACAAAUCGUCCUUGGCUUUGACUCUACCUGCAGAAUCAGAGACGGAAAUGCCAUCUGGAACAUGAUUGUUACUGACGACGGACACUCACUCGUCUUACCAGCCAUCCAAGACAUCAAUGCUGGUGCCUCUUACACCUUUGGUUACAUUCUCUACGGAAACGCUCCAGCCAACUUGUUUGUCAAAAAUAUCUUUUACAACUAA